CUUAAGGGCAUAUCAUUCACAAACUCUAAGAAACCAAGCUACACCACCACUUAAAGUUCUCUAGAAAAAAAAAUCAUGGCUACCCUCUCCUCCACCAUUUUCAUAUUUUCCCUUCUAAUUUUGGCCACAUUCACUAGUGGUUGUGGUCCAUGUGAGCCAAAGCCUCACCCAACACCAAAGGCACCCCCAGUGAACCCUUAUUGUCCAAGGGACACAUUGAAGCUUGGUGUUUGUGCUGACCUACUUGGCCUUGUAAAUGUUGCAAUUGGUAGCCAAGUGACAACCCCUUGUUGCUCAUUGCUUGAAGGUUUGGCUGAUUUGGAAGUUGCAGCUUGUCUUUGCACUGCCAUUAAGGCUAAUGUACUUGGGAUUGUCAAAUUAGAUAUUCCUGUUGCACUUAGUGCUUUGGUUAGUGCUUGUGCUAAGAAAGUUCCCACAGGUUUCAAGUGUGGUUAAUUAGAGUAUUAAUUAGCUAAGGGUGUGGUGGGGGGGGGGGGGGGAGUAAAGCAUAUCAAAUUUCAAGAUUUGGUAGCUAGAUAAUUAAGUUUAUUGUUUUAAUUAAUCAUUGAGUUGUAAAAUGAUGUUUGUGUUGUUAUUUGAUCUUGAUUUGUGUAUGUUUGAUUUGUUAUCUAGCUAGGUUCCUUCUUUGUUUUGGUUGGUUGUAAAAUAAAUUUGUCAUUUGUGCUCAAUAAAAUGUGAAACAUUCUUCACCUUGUGAAAACUUGCAUCUA